ACCCGGCUGUCGCGCGGCUUGCCUUCAAAGUCUCGCGAGAGCCGCGGCCUUCCUGCCUUUGAGUGGCCAUCUGGGGCGCCUUCCCGCCGGGCUGGCAUGGAGGGGGGCGACGGCUGCGGGGAGCAUCUGUUCUCGCUGGAGAUGCUGGUGGAGUCAGCGCGCGUACAACCGCGGCUGCUGCCGUCGCUGCUACCGGACAGCGGCCCCUUCCUGCCGUCCGUGGCUCUCCGGCUGCUGGAUUUCCCGACCCUCCUGGUCCACGCCCCGCAGGCCGCGUCCUGGCCGGUGGUGCCCUUCGGGCGGGGCAAGUCGUGCCUCUUCAGGCUGCGGCCGGACGCUCUGAUGGGCCUCUUGCGGCGCUCUCCGCUCCACGCGCUGCUGCUGGCGCUGCCUCCCAACCAGGGUCCCGCCCGCCUGCUCGGCUCUUCCAGCAUCUCUUUGGCGGCCGCCGCCGAGGAGUUGUUGCCUGGCACCGGGCCGGCGACUGGAAGGGGUCACUUCCCGGUGCGCGACCUGCUGGGAGAACAAGUGGGAGAGCUGGCGCUGAGCUACCGUCUCAACAGCCUGGGCUCCUCGGGCCUAGAUCACUUCGAUCAAGGGGCGGCGGUGGACGAAGCCUUCGCUGGAGACUGUCCGCGGGGGAGAGCGGCGGAACGGAGCCUCAGUCUGGAGUUCAUCUCGGAAGGAGAGGAGGAGCAGGACCUUGCCCCAGGCGGUGGCAGCCGGGGGUCCUUAAGCAGCCCUGAUACAGAGCCGGAGCCCUUUUCCGGUAGCUCAAGCGGAGAAGAGAUCGCAGGAGAGCUGGACAACGAUGCCUUUUAUCCCCCACCAAUGUAUUACAGUCAUCAAACGGAAAGUUGCUUCCCCAGCCCUAAAGCUGCAACAAGAGUGAUAAUCAUGGCCGCUCAAGAUUCACUUCCCAAAGAAGAAACUUCUUUACCUUUUCUUAAGGAGGAGCCUGUAGUUAGUGCUGAGAAGGCUCUGUCACCCUUACUCGCCAACUCACCAACACGGAGUACUUCCGAACAACUCAGGCAGACUUUAAGUCAGUUGCCUCUACUGAAUGCUUUGCUGGUAGAACUCUCCUUGCUAAAUAGCCAGCCCCUACCACCAGGACCCUCUACUGUGCAUCCUCAGUUGGCAUGGCUAUAUCAAAAUGCAGAAGAAGGUACAAAAAUCUUACCCUGUAAUGGUAAGAAUCUGUGUGGCUGCUGGGAUGAUAAGAAGAACACCCCACAUCGCAAAGAAAGAGGAAGAUCACCUAGCCCUAAAUUAAAAAAAAAUCGCCCAGAUCAUUUAAAAGGCAUGGCUCCUAUCUGUCCUGGCAAAACUUUUACAAAACCAGUAUACACUGAAAGACCUGUGAGCCCUGAAAAAGUUAAUACCAAAGAAAAUUCUCCCACUAGAAGGAAAUUCUCUAAUGGGCUGACGAAUACAUUAAAGCUUCGUGUUCAGCGAUCCAGUCCGGGUAUGUUGAAGGUUCAUGAAAAGAGAGAACAUCGUAGAAAAAAACUUGGUGACAUAUCAUUUGAAAAAAAAGGUAAAAGCUCUUUGACUAAAGAAAAAAUAUUCAAGGGCUCCCUUGACUAUCGUCCAAAGUCUUCUGGGCAAUAUGAUGAAAAAAGCAUCUCUGAUCAAAAUGCUCAAAUAAAUGAAAAUGUUGAGACUUUAAUACAAAGCAGUAUUGGCCGAAAUAGCUCUAUGACCACAAAGAAAAUAAGCUCUCGUAUUACCAAAAAAAUUGGAGCCAGUUGUGUGAAGAAUAAAGACAAUGCCAAAGGGAAGUACUUGUAUGAAAGUGUUGAUUCUAAUUAUAAAGAAAAGAGCUUGGAAGUCCAUCUGCCAAGAGUCUUUUUACAGGACACUGAAGCCCUUGAAAACCCAGUAGAUGCUGAGAUACAAAAAUGUUUGCAACGAGAUUGUAACAUUCCAUAUAUAUAUAGGCACACUAACAACUUGGAAAAGAGUCAUGCACGUCAGAAUUCCGAUAGUUUAGUAGUUACUUCUGAAAAUGCAGCCUAUUCAGAAGAUUUUACCAGUAUUGACAGUUGUGGUGCAAGCUUUGAAGCUCGAGAGAACAGUCCUGAACUUUUAUCUAUAAACUCAGAUCACAGUCAGUCAGGCAUUGACUCCAGCUCUAAAAAUUCCAGAAGUCUUCCUGCUAAAUGUAUUUCACCUCUUCUUCCGAAGGUUUCAGCUGUAUCUCCUGUUCAGACUCUUAAAAAGACACAUAACAAAAACAAAUUAGGCAUUGGAUUGAAUAAAUUUGAUGAUGAUUCCCUUGCAAGAACUUUAAGAGACCACCUUGCAAUUCAUGAAAAGGAAAAGGAAAAAGUUACACAGGCUUUUGAGGACAAACGAAUACAGCCUGAUAAAAAGUGUAACAUAGUAAAAAGCCAGUCAUCUCUAGAAAACAGCCAUUCUGCAAGGACAUCUCAAGUUAGUUCUUACUUGCCCUCUAGUAUGUCUGACCUUGAAUUUAAUGGUCUAGAAGAAAGCAAAGUACCUGGCAACGAAAAAGAGGAUAGCUUCGGAAAGAUGAAUAAUACAAAUCAGUGUAAACAUAUCAGUGAAUUAGUAAUAAACAAGCUUCCAGGAUACACAAUGUAGCAAUCAAUAGUAAUGGUAAAGUGAGAGUGAAAAUGUUUUAAUGUUUAAUAAGAAAACAUUUUAAAGGAAUUUUGACUUUUUUUUUUACAAGUGUAGGCUUUGCUUAGGAUGCACGGAUAUUUUUCAAAUUAAUGCACAACUCAGACUUUGAAGCUCUGUGCAGCUGGUUGUUUUUGGGGUUUUUUCCUUAGUUUUACCUGUCUCCGAAUCUUUCACAUUCUGUGAUUAGUUCCCCUGAAAUUCAAGGGCAGUUUUCAUAUGAUGUAAAGGUUUCCUGUUCAUAUAAAAAUCUGUUCUCAUUGAUCAUAGGAAAUGAUGCAGUGUACCUAAAGUAAUUCUCCAAUUUGUAAUUUAUCUUAAUUUUUCUUUCAAACUAAUAAUAAAACAAAAAAUAACUAAAGGCCACUAGAAAACAAGUAAACUAUAGUUGAUUAUAGACUACUUAAGACAAUAAUACUUAAGCAGACCAAUUUUUGUUUGCACUUUGGUAUUUAAGAGAGUUAUAGCUAUCAGUGAAGAAAAAAUUGUUCAGUAAAAUACAUACUUUAAAAAAACAAGGUUUCUACAAAAACAAGCAGCACAUUUUCAGAACAUGAUUUAAAAAAUACUUAACUGCAAUGCCCAGUUAUAUGUUAAUCUUAACACAGUUAUUUUUCCUAUAAUGUUAUUCUAAUCUGUGGUCAUAACAUUAAUUUUAAGUUUUGCUUUAAUUUUUAAAUUUUAAAUCCAAACCUAGUGUUUUUGUUAGCACUUUGUUAUAAUCGUUGUGUCUUCAGUUUGCACUAUUUUCAGUAAUUCCACCUAUUAAUUUGUACAAUAUGUUGGGUGGGAGAGAUUGAAUCCUAUCUAAGGAAUGGUAUGUUGCAGAUACUUUUUUAAAAAAAUGUAUGAACAUAGGCAUGCAUUCCCAAAAUAUACGCUAGCAAUAUUUAAGACUUUAAAAUAUUUUUAAAAAGUAAUGAAAAAACCCUGUAUCAUAUAUAUUUAGUAGCUUUAAGGAAAAUUCAGUCAUUUUUCUUUUUUAUAGCAGGUGUAAAAAUGACAUAGCACAAUGGGUAGCCAAUAGUAUACAUGCAUUUGUAUCUGCUAGUGAUUAAAGAUGCAGGUUAAAGUUCCCAACUUAAUUGAGUCAACUUCCAGAAAACAUGGGAUUAAUACAUUAAUACUCUUGAUACGUUAACCUUGCCAUGCCCUGUAUGCAAGUAUAAAGCAACUAAAUGAAGUGUUUACUAGCUAUAUUGGUAAGUAAAGGAGAUCUAUUCAAUGCCAGUACUGUAAAGAAUGCUGGUGUUCUUAUAAAGAACUGGCUUUUUGGCCAGAGGCAUUUUUGACACAGAGAUAAACUUUUAUAAUCGAUAUUUUCAGGAUUAAGAUUUAAAAAAACAAUUUAGAAAGAUUAGGUAGUUCACAACAUAUAGUACUUAGGUAGUAAGGGUAAUAAUAUGAAUGUAUAGUUUAUAAUUCAUGCAAAAAAUUGUUCUCUUGUUUCUUUUGAAGAAUCUGCUAGGCAUACUGGUCCUAAAAAAUAAUAACAAAAGAUUUGAUCAAACUUUUGAUACGAGCAAGUCACUCCUGCCCGUUAUCUUAGCCAGUUAGAGAUAGUGAAUCAUCAGAAAGUGUUUUCACUUGCAUUAUGCCAUAGACUUCCCUUAGCCAUCCUGGACAGCAAAUAUAAAGGGAUACCGCUGGCUGGAAAGCUUUGUCCUUGUGAUUAUGGAGAGGUGGCAGUGUCCUUCUUUGCUGCUCUUUUUAUACAGACGUUUGAGCAAAAUUUAUUUUCCGUAUAAUAAAUAGCCUUACUGUUCCGACCAUUUAUCUUCAGUGGUUGUUUAAAGACCAACAGAUUGUAGUCACAGCACAAGUAGCUAGAUUCUGCACAGCAGCACUAAAAUUGGCUGGAACCUGAUGAAUAAUCCAUUAUAACCAUUUUAUUCAAUUAAUACACCAAUUUUUGUUAUAUUACCCUGUUUAAUACCUAAUAACUAUAGACCUUCACAAUUUAAGGACUAAUAUUACAUUAUUAUGCUCUUGUUUGUAUGUAACUGAUAGGCUGUCAAAUUAUGAUUUCAGAAUAGAUUUUAUUUGUUAUUUUAUUCCAGAAUUUUUAACUAGAUACUCUCAGCAUUUUUAAUUGUUCUGGUCUUUGACUGUAAUAAAUAUUUGGCUGAC